UUUGUCGUUUCCUGUCAGUGGGCGAGGCCCGGUCACAGCUGCGGAGCGUCUGACAGGCUGUGUGUUUGAGUCGGAAGAGGAGAAACAGUGAGGCUUUAAAACAGAAAAACUGGAGGAGAAAAAACAGAGAAAUCAAAAGAUUAACUUUCAACGAAAAGAAAAACUGAAGUCUGUUUUUUUUCUUCACUUUGGACCGAAAACUGUGGAGGAAAACAAAGCGGUGAGUUCAGUUUGAGUCCGUUAUUUUUCCUUUGUCUGGGUUUGUUGCAAACAUUCAGCUGCAAUCGACAUAAAUUUACGAUUAAGUACAUUUUUCAGCUGUGAGGCUCGGAUGUUUUUACAGUUUUUGCAAUGUGCACCUUCUUUAUUGAGUUUAACAUAUUUAACUUUUAUUGUUUUGUAUUGGAAAUUAAAAGUAACUUUUUUAAAAAAAUCUGAACUAUCAGGAGUGAACGAUUAAAUAGUUUAAAUAGAUUCAAAAAUGACCAAAAACAAAUAGUAUUUUCCAGAAAUAACGCUGUAAAUUAAAAAUAGAGUGACUUUAUCGUGGAAAUAUUACAGGAAUUCAGCAGCUAUUAAUAUCUCCAUAACACAGUUUAAGGCACAAAUGAUUUUCAUAGGAAACAUACUUCAAAUAUGUUUGAUACCUUAUAUUGUUUUUAUAGAAAUUGGGAGACAGUAGAGCAAAACUGGUGUUAAUAUAAAUAUAUGUAUAAAAAUAUGUGCAAAAAUGCAUGAGCAGCUCUGAUCUUAGAGUGCAAAUAGAGGUGUGCAAUUUAAAAUAAAGGUUAUUUACACUCAAAUAAAGCCUGAAAUCUCAUUAAAACUGAAGGUAAGAAGAUAAACUCCACAUUUACAGACAGCUGAGUGAGUGUGUGUGUGUGUGUGUGUGUGUGUGUGUGUGUGUGUGUGUGUGUGAGUGAGUGUGUGUGUGUGUGUGUGUGAUGUGAGAGCUGCUUCUCCUCAGGGUGAAAUGGUUUGAUCCAUCUUUGUGUUUCCUGCUACGCAUUUUCCUCCAACAUCAGCAGCUCCAGCCAAGACUCAGUGAUGCUGCAAGGCUUGCUGGGAAAAAAAGAGCAGGGUUGGAAGGGUCCAUAUGAUAUGAAGGGGGGAUUACAUAGGCUGUGAAAUGAGGUCCAAUUAAAGAGUGAAACUGGUGUUAAAUCAGCAGAGAAGAAGAGGAGGAGGAGCGUUCUUACAUUGUGGAUGUGUUUGGAUUUUUUCACACUCAGAUGUUAAAAUAAACAGGUUGUUUUUCUUUCUCGCCAUUCACUGCAAACAUCCAAUGAUCAUGCAUGCAGAAAAGCAACAAAGAGACGCCUCUCACCCUGCAAAUUGUGUUUAAACUCAACAUACACAAAGCGGACAUGUUCACUCGUGCUAAAGCUGUUUCUCUUCUGUUCUCAAACAAGAGUGUCUCUGUACAGAGACUCGUCUAGAAAGAAAAACCACAAAUCAACCUCUCUUCUCGGUUUCUUUGUCUGCUCCCCACGCUGGUUUUUGUUUUCUAAAACAAACACAUCCUGAAAAAGGAAAAGAAACGUUUGUUUGUUUGUAUUUUGUUUAGAAAUGUACCCAGAUCAAAAUUUGAAUAACCAAAAAGCCACCAAUGCACUGAAGGGAGUGUGGAGUUUGCAGGACAGAGAAGACCAUCAUCCAGUCGUAUUUCUUUUGUAAAAACAAACAAGCAAACCAAAGUGUAAAAAAAUCAUCACUAUUACUAACUAUUGAGCAGUCUUUAAACAAACAUAUCCAUAUAUAUAAUGUCAGGACAGGUGCCCCCAGUAUUAACCACUUACCAAACUAAAAAAACACAAAGUUCUUCUUUAUACAUGAACAAUAUAACCUGAAUAAAGAACAUGUUUAAUAAUGUAAAUGCAGAUUAUAUGUAUAAAAAAAUCAAACAUUACUACUUAUUAUUAAUGGACUUAAUCAAACCAAAUUAAUUUGACUUGUUUCGGCUCUAUUGGUAACUUUGACGUAAAUAUUGUAAUAUUCACUUAUUUAUUGAUUGAUUUAAGUUUCUUAGAUUUUUAUAGGGGUGUCCCGAUACGACUCUUUUUACUUCCAAUACAAUACUGAAAUUGUAGAAAAUGGAUGGACGGAUGGAUGGACAUAUUCACCAAUGAUAUCAUCGAGUUGAAUCAUGUAAAUGGAAAAAGAGCUGGACCCAGAACUGAGCCCUGUGGAACCCCAUGAGUUAGUUUUCUGGGUAGGAAUUGAACUGAUUCAAGUAGGGGUGUCCUGAUACAAUAUUGAUAUCGGAAAUCAGUCCGAUAUAAAAAAAAUCUAAUAUCAGGUUAUAUCGGCCUGCAUCUAAACUCUGAGAUAUCAGCACUCAGAUAAAAGCAGUCCAUUCCAGACUCCGCUCCAGCACCUCUAGCUAGCAGCACCCGGAUCCAGCAUGUAGAGCCCAUGUGAUCACAACAACAGUGUGUACUAAGAUACAAACAAAGUACCAAAGAGUAGGAGUGAUUUUUGUGCUAACAUCCGACCAAUAUCGGCAUCGGACUAUACUGAAGGCUACAAUAGUAUCAGAGGUGAAAAAGUUGUAUCGGGACACCCCUAGAUUUAAGGCCUCACAGGAAAAUCCUGUCAAAACAUUGAUUAUUUUUGGAUGGUUUGUCACCUGUGUGGAUUUAAGUCCUGUUAGCUGGUCAGUUUUGUCACUUUCUUCUCUAAAGUGGUUCUUUAAUGUUAGUCCUGCUGCACGGGUCACUGUGAUGAACCGUCUGGACUAAAAGUGAACCCGAGUCAUGAUGUAAACUGGAGUCAGGCACAAAGAUAGCCGCUAAUCUGUCCUGUCCCGCUCCCGUGCCCCUGAUGUCUCACCGUCCUCUCGGCUCAUGAAGUCACAGGGAGUAACAUGUGAUUCCACCUCUGCAGGAACUCGGACUGACUCUCCAAGACUCUCCAGCACUCACGGGGUUAACAGGAAACAUGAGCUCAGAGUCACAGCCCUUUUGUUUUUCUUCUCUUUUUUUUUUUUUUUUCUCUCAGGCUGCUGAGGAUGUGAGAGAACGACAACAGUAAAACUCUUCACCCACAGCCCGAGACGACGACGACCAGGACGACGUCUGAGCAGGAAGAAGAAGUUUCGAGGCAAGUCUUUGAAACUUUGCAGUGUUUCUUUUUGGACACUCUGUGUUUAUUCUUCUGUCUAAUCAAUCUGGAUUAAAGUUAUAUUACCUCAGAGGGUCUUAAUUCAGUUAAUCCCAGCAGGGCUCUGAUCUUGUCUGAGCUUUGUUAAGUUAACAGAGAGCAGAUCAGGGGAGAGGAGAGGGGCUGUUCUGCUUGUCUCUCCUCUUUGUUGGAGUUUAUCUUUAUCGUCUUCUGGACUUGAAGCUGCUGUCAGAGUGUUUGCAUCAGAAAGAAAUGAAAAGUUUUUGUAAAUAGACUUUUUAACGAGUUUUCUGCCCUAACUUUAAAUCACAGUAAUCAGAUUAUUGUCUUACAUAAACACACUCUGGACAUUGUCUGUUACGUUACCCUCUGUGUUGUUUAUAUGCAUCUUCCUGCACGAAUGCACAGACCCCCUGAGGAAAUACUGCAUGUAUUUUCUCCUGCUUUGAAACGUUUUUUAACUUAUUUAUAAAAGUUAAUUUCUAUUUUACUUUUAUAAAGUUUUAUUUUAUUGCUGCACGCUAAAGUACAGCAGCUCAGUUAGUGCACAGGUGCAUGUCAGCUGUUUGUAUUUUGUGUAUUUUGACUAAAAGGACGACAAUAACGUGUUGUAGUUUGUUGAGAUUUUAAAUUUGAUAUUGAUGCUUUUUAUUGGAUUACUUGAAGGGAUAAAGUCUUAUAUUUUUACAGUCCUUCUGUCUACUCAAUCAACACCACCAUCGUAGAGAUUCAGCGUUUCCAGUGUCAAAUAUACAGUUUAAAUGUCUGCUAUUGUAAAAAUGUUUUUUCUUCUUUAGUUUGGUUUGGUUUGGUCUCUGGUGUAAUUCCUGGUUCUUUGAAACUAUCCUGUAUCUGGUGUUUGACCCAGUCUAAUGGUUCAGUUCUGAUCAGGUUACUUUUUGAUGACUUUGAUUUCUGGAUUUUUAUUUGUCUGUGCUUUGAGGCUGAAUCUGUAAAUGAUAAUUUUAUAUUAUUUCAGACGUGUGGGGACAGAUUGCAGACUGCUUUGGCUCUUUAUUUUCAUAAAAAGUUACUAUCUGUGUCCGAUGAAAAAAAGCAGAAAAAAAAACACAGAUCACGAGAGACUCUGGCUCAAAAUCUGCUGCUUUGAAAAGAAACAGGUGGGUGUGUUUCUAACUGCUGGUGUCGUGUUUCUGAUGUCUUUCACAGAUCCAGAAAAGACGCCCGGCUGCAGACAAACAUGACUCUGUUCUUCUCCGGAGCCGUUACAAGUAUGUCAGCAGCACAAACGUGCACACUAAUACGCUCAGUCUGAGAAUAUCUAAUGAGUCUGCUGCACAAAACAAGCAAGACCACUACAAAAUAUUGUGUCCAAGAUGAAAAACUUUGCCUCAGAUGUUAAAAUUUGAAGAAAUUACAGUUUCGUUCAGGAAAACCUAAAACAGAAAGUGACAAAGUGUUUCAAUUCAAACUGGAUAAAGGAGCUCUUCAUGUUUUUCUACUCUUACUUUGGUUGCAGUGGUCGCUGGUUCAAUUCCCUUUGCUGCAUAUCUUCUCCCGCACGUAUUUCCUGUCUGUCUUCAGCCGUCUCAACUAUGACGCUCAAAAAUAUAACUUAAAGCUCCUCUGAGGACUUUUUUGACAUUUAUGAAACAAACUAAAAUUCACACUGAUGCCUUUUUAAGACAUCUCAAAGCAAACAAGAUCAUCAGCGGCUCUGUUGGUGAUUUUUAUAUCCUCAUUUUUAAUGCCUGAAUCUGGUGAAGGGGGGGUAGGUAUCGACCAAUCAGCUCAAGCAGCCCUGUUUUUAUGUUUUCCUCCUAAAAUAUUCAAAGUAAAGGAUGAAUUUGACGAUCAUAAAUUUUUUUCUGAAGAUGCUGUCCAAGUAUGUGGAAGACAAGACAAGCUAAGAGUGGUUUGUCCACCAGAGGGCGCUAAAUUUGACACAAGAGGAGCUUUAAUAUCAUAAAUCAAAUCAAAUUUUACUUUUGUAUCGCCAAUUCACAACAGUCGUCAUCCCAAGAUGCUUUCCAAAGAAAAAAGGUCUAGACCACGCUCAUUGUUUGAUGAAUUAUCCAGACCCAACUGACGAUGGGAUUUGGCCCAUCUCAUCUAACAUAAAGUGACAGUGGCGAGGAAAAACUUGAAGAAAUUACCUCUUCUGAGUGAAAGUUGUGUGGAACCAAAUAAGGACUAAAAGGUUUAUCAGUUUGAAGACAUUAAAACUAUAAUGUGAGAGAUUAAAGGGAUAUUCCGGCGUAUAACUCAGUGUUGUGGUGUGUUUGACCCUAACUUAAUUUUAUGCCGGAAUAUCCCUUUAAUGCAUGGACUCGUACUCAGGAGCUGAAAACCACCACUUUAUGCAGAGAUGUUAUCACACACUCAGAAUAGCAAUUUGAACCUGUCAGUGACAAAACAAGAACUUUUCAUCGGCCCUGUUCCAAGUAUUACGUUGCCGCCUGUUUCUCUGCUGCGGGCUGUUUCAUAUAUCCAUGUUAAAGUUUCUCAGAUGAUGUUGAAGAUGACAGAACAAUGAGCUCCCUGUCCUCCACAUUCCUGCAGAGCGUUUAUCAGCGUUACGUCACCUCUUCUCAGCAGAGUAAAUUUACUCAAGUGGCUGACCUGAGGAGCGCUCCCCGGCUCUUCAAGCUGAUAAACGUCACCUCGUCUUUUUAUAGAAGCAAAGCCGCGGAGCAGAAACAGAGACACACACAUGUUACAUGACUGAGUGUGUUUGUACCUGUCUGUCACUGAAACGGUCUGUUCUGGUCUCUUUUGUUCAGGUUCACCGAUUAAACGACGGCUGAGGGCCUAUCAGUCCUGUCAGAGGUAAAAACUUCACCUUUACUUUUAUACAAUUCUUUUCAACUUUAAAGCUCCUGUAAGGGGUUUUUCAGUAUUUAUGAAAUGGACCGAAAUAAACAGUGAUGGAUUUCUAUAAGCUAAAAAAGCAAAUGAGACUAUUUUAAACAAGAUUGACAUUAACUUAAUGUCAUUUUUAGUGCUUGUAACUGAUGUAAGGGGGUCGGUAUGAAGGAUAAACAGCCUUAGUUACUCGUCCCACUCAUGCUGUGUGAUAAAUGUCACUGUAAAAAGACAACAGGAGGAGAAUUUCAGGUAGCAUCAAAUUCUGCAACAAUACAAAGAUCGACCACUCAGAGUCAGCAAAGACAGAAAGUUCCUCACAGGAGCUUUAACUUGUUUAAACUGAUCAAGUUAAAAACUGGGAUAGCCGAAAAAUGUUAUUUUUAUAGAGCUUAAAAAAGACGUUAGUGUGCCUGUUAGUCAGACAAAGCCUCUAAUUGGUCAAACUUGUCACCUGAAUUUCUUUAAAAUUUAUGAGUAAUAAAAACAUUUAUACUUGUGAUGUGUGUUUGGGUAAAUUUUGAGCUAUUAGCAUAAAAAGAAAAAAAAUUUAUGAGGCUGUUUUCUAGCAGUCAGUAACAUUCAUCUCUUGAGGAGGUGUCUAACUCUGUGUUAAUGUGUGUUUGACCCUAAAUUAAUUUUAUGCCGGAAUAUCCCUUUAACUUGUUUGGUUGCUGUAAAGAUGAGCUGUUUUGAAUGGGUGUGUAUAAGGUUUCUAGUCACUCUGGAGCCAGCCCUCUAGUGGACAUUUACGGAACUGUAGUUUCUAUGCUGAUAAAAAUAGGAUAACUCCAAAAAGUUGUGGUCAGAGUCCAAAAGACAAAUACUCUCUUUAUGUGUUCACAUACAGGGUCAGUUUAGUUUGUUGUUUUACUGGUAUUUUCCUGGUCUACUUCACACUAACCCCCCUCCAUCGUCUGUGUCUCUCUCAGUUUGGACACGUCCCUCCUCUCUCCUGACUCCUCGUACGUCUGUUACUCCUCCGCGGAGGGCGGAGACCCAUGCUCCUGCCGCCGAUCGCCACGCCUCCUCACUAAUGGGUACUACAGCGUCACAGACGACAGCUUCACCUGGGACGACGAAGGCAACGUGUCCCUGACUCCCUGCAAAACCAACGUGUCCUAUAAGGAGAACCUGGUCAGGUGAGAAAUGGAGUUUGUGGUCUAAAUAAACCAGAAUCCUUACAGCUGCACUAUAUUAACAUAACAAAUGAGCAUGGUGUUAGUCCAGGCAGGCUAUGGAAGUCAAGUUCAGCCCAUUCUGACUCUGGGUUUUGGUCUCUCAGGGUUUUCAGACGCAGGCGGCGGCCUCGCGGCUCGCUGGCUCGCCUGCUGAGCGAUGUGACGGAGAGCUGCCAGUCCUGGCUGGAUGAGAAGGUCUUCAGAGGCGUGUUCGGCACAGGACAGAAUCAAAACCAGAACUGGGACCAAGACUUUGACAAAGACUUUGAUCAGGACUGGGCGAGGAGCAGUCAAGAGGGCCUGACUGCUUUGGAUGAACCGACGUGGACUCGAUUGAACAGCACUGAGCUGGACGACAGCCGCAGCUUCACUUACGGUUGGUUUCAGUUCAGAUGAAAAGUUUCGAAGUUUAUUUGAAGGUUUAAAAAAAAGGCCAUUUGUAUAAAAAUCUUAUUAAAACAGGACCAAGGACAGAGCAGUGUGGGACCCCUGAGGUUCAGAGAUUUAUCCUUUCUUCUCUUUUUAGACCCCACUGAGAUCCUGCCCCCUCCUGACAAAGAAGCCCCGCCUCAGAAGAUGAUCAUCCAGGAGGAGAUUUGUUCAGAGAUCUGUCAAUCAAAGGAGCAGUUCACCCAAACGCUGGGCGGCCUUUCUGAAGUCCCACCUCCCUCGGUCUUUUACACAAGCAGCUGCUGCUGUCAGGCCUCACCUGAGCAAACAGGUGAGUGUCAGCUGAUUGUAAUGAUUGGCCAGUUGUGUUUUUUUUUCAUUUGAAAUAUUAAAAACUGCAUCAGAAAUAUACGGAAAUAGCAUGGUCUGUUAGUCCGGUCAGAUAACUGGAUUAUUUUUCCGAUAUUUGCAAAAAAUUUCAUCAAAAUCCUCGGACACCAUAAAGACCGCUCAAAAGCUAAAUUCAGCGACUGAACUAGCUGAGGUGACUCUUAGCAGCUCUCCCCUGUCACUCAAAGAGGCCACACCCCCAAAUCUUGCACACUUUAAACUUUUAUUUGAUAUAAACUCGUUAGUUAUACAAAAAAUGUUCAGCUCCUUUUUAUGUCUCUGGCUGUAAACAUGUUUGUUCCAGUUGUUAAUUUGGACAUUUUAACAUGAGGCUCUAUGGGGACUGACUCACUUUCGAAAACAGCCCCUAGAGGACUUUUGAGGAACUGCAGUUUUAGACACUUUGGGGUAAAUUCUACCUCAAAUCUUAGCCUGAUUAUAGUCUGAGGUUAAAGUUAUCACUGAUACUCUUGUAUGUUGUUGUUUUUUACUUGUUUUGUCUGUUUCUCUGAAAUGUUCUUUUGUUUGUAUCUUUCAGGUUUAACGAUGAAAGCCCUCCUCCUCUUCAUCUUCACCCUCUUCAUUCUCUCUGCUUUAUAUUCAGGGUAAGACUUUUUUAUUGGUUUUGAGAACAUUUGGUUAAAACACAAGUUUGUUUCCAAAUUCUACAAACACUCUGAGACAGGUGUAAUCCAGAAGAAAUCCUAGUGGGUAUUUUCAUUUGUUUUAAUUAGGGCUGAAACGAUUCCUCGAAUACCUCAAGUACCUCGAUUACAAAUAAUGAUCGAGGAAUUUUCUCUGUCUCGAGUUCUCGUUUAUAAGCUCAAAUCGUCAACGUUUCACACAGAUUCUUUUGAAGGUGACACAAUGUGCUAAUGUCAACAUGGUAGAAGAAGUAGUGAGCUCUGUUUAGGUUUUGUGGAGCAGAAAAAAUAAAUAACGAGAGGGGCUUUUCUUGCUGUGUUGCCAACGUAGCGACUCUGCACACUUCUCUUCAUGCUAGCUUGUAGCCUAACGUUGCUGGUGUCAUAGCAGAAGCAGGUCACAUCGGAGCUAUUCAUCUCUCAGACACUAAUGUCUUUGGGGGCAUGAUGAAAGUUAGUAUCAUAAUUAGCUUUCGUACAAACAUUGCAAUCCGCUAACGCAGAUGCAUGUUCCGCGAUUGUCCUCUAUUCCUCCGAGUCUGGCCUCUUUAUGUGAGUCGGCCGUUUGGGUCCAAUUAUUCAAGUAAUCGAUAGAAUAUUCUGUAGAAUACUCGAUUACUAAAAUACUCGAUAGCUGCGGCUCUAGUUUUAAUAUAGCGAGGUCUAUAAUCAACUUCAAGCCUCUAGUGGCCAUCAGAGGUACUGCAGAAAAAGAUAACAAGAACUUUUUAAAACAUGCGUGUCCACCCUGAAUCUUGAUCUUGACACUCAGUCGUGCUCCAACUUUUCUUCCCUUCAGGUGUUUCCUUUGGAGCGCAAUGAUUACAUCAACUGUGUUCAUGAUGAUCACAACAGUCAUGAGUGAGUGCUGCACAAUUCAGUUUACGAGAUCCUGUGUCUUUAAGGUCUGUGUUUUUAAGACAAUGUGAUCUCUUUCAGUUCUGACCAAGUCGGGGCCGAUGGGCGAGUGGAGGAAGGCGAAGACAGAGGUGAGCCUCGAAUCAAACAAACUUCUCUCUGAGUUUCAGCGAGGAAAUAUAAAUGCAAGCUUGUUCUGAUUUUGUCCUUUUUUUUCAGGAUAUCACAUCAAGAAACGAGUGAAGAAAGCGGCAGACAUCGGACGGAUGGUUUCCAAAGUUUGUGAUGUGAAAAAACGCCUGAGAGGCCUGAGUAGAAAUAUUUAAUAUUAUUUAUAUUUACUGUUUGCAUGUGAGCUGCACUUAAAGGACCAAGUCACUCUGAGCUCCGGAGAACAUUUUACAGCAACACACGACACUUUUCUGAAUGUAAAUAUUUACUAAAACAUGUUUAUUUUUUUGCACAGAGACAUGUUGAAAGAAGGGCUGAAAUCCUUAAACUUAAAGGUAAAAAUGAAGCAAAAACUUUGACUUUUAACUGCAAAGUCGAACACCGGGAAGGUUUGCAGAUUGUUGGUUUUGGUGGUGUGGAUUUUCCCGGUGUGUUAAAUUGGAGUCAGACGGUGUGUUUCUGCUAAAAAGCCGAAGGAGCUCAAUGACAUGGUGACACCAGUUACUGUAGUUUAGUGCAUAUAAAAGACACGACGAAAGUAUUCACAUAUAUGAUAUAAAACAUUCAAAUGUAUCUGAUGCAUUUUUGAUAUACUGUAAGUGUUUUUUCAAGCGUUGAGAGUUGAGCUUGGCUUUUUUGAGUGACCAAACAUCAGACUUAAGUGGUCUGGAGAACAAAUUCAGGUCCAACAGCAGAAAACAAACAAACAAAGAAACCUCAUUUCUAUUUUAAAACUUGAGCUGUGAUUUUUCUAAAGACUUCUGAAGUUUCUUUUUGAUCAAAAAGUGCCAUUUUUAUCCUGAGGAAACUGAAAGAAGAGUUUUACACCCAAAUCACGUUACUGACAUAUCGAUAAGAGGAAGAAAAUGGAAAAUGGUCGAUUCCUGGACAUGCAUCAAUCUGUAAGAUGUGAAAAUAUGACACAAAAAGUCCCAUAUGAUGGUACUUUCUGCAUGGUUUUGAAUUUAGUAAAAAAAAAAAAAACAUUGAAAAAUCAGCUCCAGUGCAGCCUCUCAGUUUCUAAGUGAUGAUCUGAGUGGGCGGAGUUAGUAGAAGAGCACUGAUUGGCUGUUGGAGAUUUGGGAGGAAGGUGCAGACUAAUGCACACAGAUGUAGAGGCGGAAAAACACUCAAACACAUUCAGAUGAAUUAAAACUGAUAAAAAGUUCGUUUAAAAAAUAGAAUAAAACAAACAAAAAGUUCUUUUAUUCAUCAUUAACCUUUCAAAUAUUUUACUUUGAUUGACGGACGUGAUCUCAUUUCGCCUUAAUGAGGUUUUUGACCUGAUAUAAACCCAGAGAAUGAAGUUUGGACCUCUUGACGUGGUCUACGAUGGGUGCAGCUUUCACUUUUUAGACUUUAUCGGUGUUAAAUGUAAAAUGACGCUGUCUGCAGCUGAACAAACUAUCAGGGAAAUGUGUAAAUCCAAGAACAAACAGCUGGUUUCUGUGUAAUCAUGUCAGUCAGCUAUGAAGAACUUAUCUCAUGCAGCUGAAACAGUAGCAGGUAAUAGAAGCGUUAAUCGUGUGUGUUUAAAUAUGAAAUGAUCAUGUCAUGGUAAAACUCCUCAGUGUUUCAUUGUGCCUUCACAUCAACCAGCAGUGCAGAAAUAGAGAAUAAUACAGGGAAGAGUCUGUUUUAGACGAUAAAUGCUGCUGAAACAGCUUCUGCAUUUUAACGGAGUAGAAAUACUGUUUAUUUUAACAUGACUGUGGCGUGUUUUUAAGGGAAUUUUGAUAUUUCUGCAAGAAGGAAGAAGAAAGGAUUCAAUCACUUCUUGUGCGUUCAAUAAUCCCAAGUGUAUAGAAAACGUGACUCGUUUUCGUCUUUAUAUUUAAAGCAGCAAUAUACAGGUGUUAAAAAAAGAAACGUUACAUUACGAAAAAUGAAACCUCAGCUGUUUGGUGUCGAUGGAUCUGAAGGAGGAGAAUAGAUGUUAAAGUUUUUAUCUGGAAAAUAAGUGUUAGGACGCUGAGACACAGCGAUGUACAAAGAAAUGAGUACUGUAAGACUUUAUAAGGUCGCCUGAACUUUAUAAAGUGAAUCAUGUUUGGGGCUCAAAUUACGCCAAGACUCCAAAAAAUGACCUGAAGGAGGAAGAGAUGUUUUGUUUUCACAGGAAGCACAAAUCAACUCUUUCUCAGAGCGCUUUUUUUUUACCUGUGUAUGUGUCUGACAAAAGGAGUAAAGUGGUUUUAUUACUAGUUUUAAAAUAAAGUUGAGGGAGAAAAUUGGUGUUCACACAUGCAGCCCAUCCUGAUCAUUUCUGGGAAAUUUCCAGAUUUAAGUAUACGUGUAAAAACAGAAAUUUCAGGAGCUCCGAUCCUGACAUUUUCCAAAUUUGCUUGUUUCUACAUGUUUUAUGUUCCCUGUCGAUGUGAAUUUUUCUGGAUAUUUCUCACGUGAAUCUUUGUAUCGUCUCACCUCGACCUCUUGCCUGGAUUUUAUCUGAAGUCCUCCAGACUUUUCCAAAAAUGUGUGAGUCAAGUUGGGGUAAAAGAUGGGCUGUUUGUGUUCACACGUACAGCCGAACUUGAAACUUUUUGGAAAGUUUUCAGGAAUUUUUCAGGAGCGCAUGUGUGAACACAGCUUCAGACACGGGAAGUCAUGAUCGUCUACAUAAACUUUUUUUUUUUAGGGUUUAAUCCACUCGAAAGAAUCAGAUUAAACUCUGAAAUUUCUCCCUGAACUUUCUGCUGUGACCGAGUGUUGAAAGUUUAGACGUCUCUCUGUGUAAACGAGUUUCUCAAAUGUCUGAUGUGUUUAUAUUCGCUCUGUGCCAAAUUUAUAGAAAUGUUAUGAUUCAGGAAAUGUUACAUUAAUUCAAAUCAACAAUUGUAGAGUACUAAUAUUUUUGAAAGAGUUCUGAAUAACUUUUAACUUUGCAUUUAAAGCUGCAGAAAGCACAACUAUGUCACAGUGAGAGGAGUCAGUUACUGAAAGGAGCUUUUCAGCCUCAUUUAGCUCCAAAUUUGGCCAAAAGAUGAAAAAAUAAUCAGGUGAUAUUCUUAGGAGUUUGGGGAGACUAAAGCUUGAACUGAAUAUUUGAAUUAUAUUUAAAAGUAAACUCCUAAAAGAGAAUAUCAUGUUGCAUUUGUGAAUGAAUAUACUGCUCUUCAGCCCCCUGGUGGCCUCCAGCAUUUUAGCAGCUUCAAAUGUUCAAAGUUUUUCUUUGUUUUUGUAAAAACUUUUCUGAGGUGAGAUAAUAAAUGAAUCCUCUGUGAAAGUUUCUGUGAGGGAAAAUAUGAAUUUCUUUACUGAAUGAAACCUUUAGAUAAGCUCUUGUGUGUCUGUGUUGUGAUGCAGCUGUCGUUAAUGUUGUCGUACAUGUUUUGGUUUUCCAUUGACUGCACAUGUUUCCAAAAGAUGGAAACGUGAUAAUCUGUGUGACUGCACUUACUUUGACUAUAUCUGCUCAUUUUUUUUAUUCCAUUGAACUUUAUUCAUGUCGUUUAAGUGUCUGAUAAUCAAUGAUUAAAACUUUUUUAUAAAUAAAAUUGCAAAUGAUGUGAAAA